UUCGUGUAGAGAGAGAAGAGCAGCGGAGAGAGGACACAACCUUGGGGCGCCCCAGUGCUGAUGCUGCGUGCGGAUGAGGUGGCCUCCCCCAGCCUGACCUGCUGUGUCCUGCCCGUCAGAAAGCUGUAAAUCCACUGGCAGAUGGCAGGUGAGACGCUGAGCUGAAGAAGCUUUGUUGAAAGGAGUUCAGGGAUGAUGGUGUUGAACGCUGAGCUGAAGUCCACGAACGGGAUCCUCGCGUAGGUCCCUGGACUGUCGAGGUGUUCUUGGAUGAAGAGCAGUCCCAUGUUCACUGCAUCAUCCGCAGACCUGUUCGCUUGGUAGGCAAACUGCAGGGGGUCCAGCAGGGGACCUGUGACACUCUUGAGGUGGUCCAGCACGAGACGUUCAAAGGACUUCAUGACCACAGAUGUCAAAGCGACAGGCCUGUAGUCAUUCAGACCAGAGAUUGCAGGUUUCUUGGGGACUGGAAUGAUGGUGGAGCGUUUGAAACAGGAUGGAACUGUCCUUUUCAAAUCUGCAGUAGAAGGUAUUCAAGUCGUUGGCUAGUGUGCUAUUGUUCUCAGCUUGGGGGGAUCGUCGCUUUUAAUUAGUCAGCGAUUGGAAUGCAUGCCAGACUGAUUUAGAAUGUUAAUUUCUUUCGUCAGCUGGUUCCUAGCUCGAUUAUAAAGGGCCCUGUCCCCGCUCUGAUAUGCGUCCUCCUUAGCUUGGCGAAGCUGCUUAAGUUUAGCAGUGAACCACGGCUUGUUGUUGUUGAAUGUGCGAAAAGAUUUUGUUGGUACACAAACCUCUUCACAGAAACUGAUAUAGGAUGUGACAGUGUCCGUAUAUUCAUCCAGGCUGCCAGCUGAAUUUUCAAAGACACUCCAGUCUGUGCAGUCUAAACAGCUUUGAAGUUCCAUCUUGGCUUCAUCGGUCCACUUUUUCACUGUUUUCACUGUAGGCUUCGCACAUUUAAGUUAUUGGUUGUACGUCGGUAUUAAGUGAAUUAAGCAGUGAUCGGACGAGCCCAGGGCUGCACGAGGUAUAGCACGGUAUGCUUUUUGUACUGGAGUGUAGCAGUGGUCGAAAAUGUUAUUUUCCCUGGUAGGACAGUCGAUGUGCUGCUUGUAUUUAGGGAGUUCGUGGUUGAAUUUAGCUUUGUUAAAGUCCCCGAGAAUAAUGAGGGGUGAGUCAGGGUGUUUUUUUUCAAUUUCGUUGACUUGUUCGGCGAGCGUUAGCAAUGCGGCGUUCGUGUUAGCUUGCGGUGUAAUAUAGACUCCAGCCAGUAUAAAAUAUGCAAACUCACGUGGCGAGUAGAAUGGUUUACAGUUCAAAAACAGCGACUCCAAAUGCUGAGCUCUGUGACGUCCGUACACCAUUUUUCGUUGAUACAGAGGCAUAUCCCGCCGCCCUUUGUUUUCCCCAAUGAUUCCAUGUCGCGGUCCGCUCGAUGAAUGUGGAAGCCGGGGAGCAUGACGCCGCCAUCGGGUACAGCGUCGUAAAGCCAGGUCUCCGUGAAGCACAUGGCCGCGGAACGUCCGAAGUCUUUACUGGUCUUUCACAGAAGAUGAAGCUCGUCCAUUUUGUUGGGUCGGGAGAGUACAUUCGCGAGGUGGAUCGACGGGAACGCCAAUCUGUGUCCUCUCUUGCGGAGUUUCACCUGAAUGCCGGCUCGUUUCCCUCUGUGGCGCCGCUUCCGUCUCCGUGCGCCGAAAACCGCGGACGCCGCUCCAGUGAGUUACUCUGGGGAAAAAACUGAGGGGAUUUGCGAAAGUUGGUGACAGAAAGUCCGGAGAAGCCUCCUUGAUGGUUCGCAGGUCUCCCCUGCUCGUGCACGAGACCACGGCUUUGACUUCUGCAUUGGGCGCUGUUUGCUCCUGUCCAAUUUAAGCGCGAGUGACGUUUAAGUCUAGUUCACCAAUCAGACAACACCAGAAAGUCACACGACCUCACACAACGUCUUCUAUUGGGUAUUAACAUGAGAUAAGCCAGCCCGGCUGAUGGUCGUGCCUACGUGGCCACCAUAUUGGGAAUGUUGUCGUUACCAUGAAGGCUACGGCGUGCCACUCGUGUUUAUAUUUACACGAACAAAAACAACAGCUUUCAUGUAUUGUAGUAUUUGUCUGGGACUGUCUGCAUAAAUGUGGAUAUUUCAGCCCACUUCUAACUUGAGAAAACACUAUGCAGUAAAUUGCAGAUGUUUUUGUUGUAGUUUUGGCUCUGCAUACACACACAUGCACACACAGCAAUAUCUGUGCUUGACACUCAGUUAACAAGUUGUUGUUAGUUGGACGAGGAAAGCAGUUUUCGCGGGUCUCUUCUUUGUGGGAAAACAAAAAAGCCCAUCAGCCUCGUUUCCAAACAGGGACCUUACGCCUGUUUGGUGAACAUAAGAACCACAACACGACGAAAGCCGUCGGGCUAUCCGUUAGCAGGACCAGCAAACGGCCUCGCGAGCUGGCAUUGCCGAUGCGUUCAGGUGAAUUGACGUGGUCGACACUCGGUGAAUGCAGUACAAGGGACUCCUCGUUAGUAUCGAGGGUAUGCGCUCAUGUCACAUUCCCACUGGAACACGCCCCCCCCCCCCAUUGAGGUGCCACUCGGACUGAGUGGCAAAACAUGCCUGCGUUCAACAAAUUCUUUAGGAGUUCCUUAGGAAAUUAAAAAAUUUGACCAAUCGCUUCUAACUUUAAGUUUCAAAAGGUAAGUAAAUACCAAGAAAAAAAUAUGUUUGCAUACUGCUCAUUGAUGCACCAGAGAGAAGAGAGAACUUUUUUACCCCAUUAUGUUAUUUGUGUGUCUCAUUGCUGAAAAGUAAAUCUGACAAUUAUCAAAGUAUAUUAAACUUAAUGAGGAAUCACAGAGCUUUCUGUUGCUAAUUAACCGAUACGGGAUGACGGUGAACUUUGAUCUUGACGCGCCUGUUAUUUGUUUUUAUAAGCAUCAGAAUUUUGUUUCUUGAAAUACGUUUCAUCCUGAAGAGUUCAUCUACCGUUUUUUACUUUUUAAAUAAAGCAUUCAGCGAAUUAUACAUCAAACAAUAACACGCUUAACCCGGGAAUGAAAGAAGUGUGUCAAUGAAGUAUGCAGUUCUGUACAUAAAGGACUGUAAAACUGAAACCGGAAAUGGAAGCAAUUUUAUUUUAAAAUCAUUCUCCUUAGUUACAGGCCUGGCGGCACGGUGGGCGACUGGUUAGAGCGUCUGCCUCGCAGUUCUGAGGUCUGGGGUUCAAUCCCUGACCCCGCCUGUGUGGAGUUUGCUUGUUUUCCCUGUGCCUGCGUGGGUUUUCUUCGGGGACUCCGGUUUCCUCCCACAUCCCAAAAACAUGCAUGGUAGGUUAAUUGAUGACUCUAAAUUGCCCGUAGGUGUGAAUGUGAGUGCGAACGGUUGUGUGUUUGUAUGUGCCCUGCGAUUGGCUGGGCACCAGUUCAGGGCGUACCCCGCCUCCUGCCCGAUGAUAGCUGGGAUGGGCUCCAGCACUCCCCCGACCCUUGUGAGGAUAUGCGGCUCAGAAAAUGGAUGGAUGGAUGGAGUUCCGGGCCUGACGGUGGAGGUUGAAGUCUGCAGGAUGGUAGAUGAUAAUCGUGACUCUGUUCCUUUUGUCCUUCGCUGUUUUUUGUUUUAGGUUUUUCAGGUUAUUCGUUACGCCGUGAUUUAUGGUCCAAAUCGUCAAAAGCUGUUUUUUUCCCAUCUGGUUACUUGGCUGGCAGCGCCCCUUAGUGCACGGUGGACCGGUCUGGACAACAUGACGCAGCAGUUUCAUGUUUGCCUCACAUGUGAAAGGUCCCUGGUUCGAAACUGGCUGGCUUUGUAUUUUUUCAUCUGCCAUGAUAACUAUGGGUAGAAGUUUGUCUCAAAAUGAUUUCCACAAAUAUAUCCAUGAUUUUACACACGUUUCUUAAAUGUUGUGUGUGCGUUUAUCAUAACUUGACAUGAUGAUGAUGAAUAUUUACAUGAUAUCAUUUGUCAAUAUUCAUUUCUGCUUGUCGAUUGUUGAAGGUGCGUCUGUGAGCGAGCGCGUUUAUUUUUUAUACAAACGUAACGCAGUUUUCAAGAUAUUCUCACACACGCACACACGAUAAAAUAGAUGAUUGAGAGAUCGCCACUUUUUAUUUAAACACUAAUAAUAAGCUGUUUUUUGUAUCGUGCUGACAGAUGAGGAAGGUGAUUUAUUUAAAUUUUCCUAACUAAUGACGGGGCGGCCAGUUUUCCACCUGGUUCUGGCACGGUCGGCUUACCGGGGAUUUCGGCAGGGUCGGACCAUCGACAGUUGGAUUCCCUUAAAAAUGACUCGCAGUCAAGUCAUCAUGCUGAUAGGAAACUGCAGCACUGUGGCAUCAGAGGAUGUCAAUAUUGAUUGGAUCACAGGCUUUUGACAAGUCCAAAACAGGUGGGCUGCCAUAGGUUUCCAGGUGGUGGGUCACUUAGUGGAGGGUCUCUCCUCUUUGUCUCAUUUGCAUGUUUAGGUUGCUGUAUAUUUUACCCUGUGUCCCUUUUCAUUUUGUAGUGUGUGUGACCUGUCGUCCCCCGCACCCUGAAUGAAUCUCCGAAAGUGGAUAUUCUCUGACUGGAGCUGUCGGCCUUGUCAAAACGGGCAUUGUAAAUAAUUGGCAAUAACAAUUAUUUUUUACUUUUCAAAUAAACUGCUUGAAGCAAGCACACUUGGCUUCUUAUUUGGAAACUUCGACAUGCGGACAGUCGCAGCAGGGAUUCGAACCUGUUCUACCUCCAGAGCCAAAGCCACCCCAACAUAAUCCCAUUGGUAUCGCAAGACAAGUCCAGAUCUGUGUGACAGACCACCAAGGACUCAACGAAGAGUGUUGCGAUCGUCGUGUGAAAAUGUGUGCAAGGACAGCAGAGUACGAGGAGGAACUUUGGGGCCCAAAAGAGGAGAAGGAGCCACAACGUCAACUGCUGGACGCUGCGUUCAAUCUGCAGCCUCGAAUUGUGCUACGCAGAGCAGGCGUCAGUGAAAAUCUUCAUUCUGAGCGGCAGCAGUCAGUGUCCCCUCACAUCAAAGAGGAAGAGGAGGAUGAAGAGGUUCAACACAUCAAAGAGGAGGAGGAAGAGUUCCUUCACAUGAAAGAGGAAGAGCAGGAGGACAUCAUCAAGGUUCCAUCCACUGGUGUCCCUUUGAAGAGUGAAGAUGAAGGUCGAAGUGUGGAGAGACGAGGGGCGGAGCCACCAAACAGCAACAGCUCAAGUGAUGGAGACCACUGUGGAGGAUCACAAACAGACGGUGAUGAUGAUGAUGUUGUUGAUGAACAGUUGGAAGGUGAUAUGACAUGUCACACUUCCAGUAAAUGCUGGAAAUGUUCGAAAUGUAGGAAAACCUUUGCUUCUAAGAGCAAUUUUAAACAACACAUGAAAAUCCACACUGGUGAGAAGCAUUUUGCAUGCUCAGUUUGUGGUCAAAGAUUCACUCGGAAGGGACACUUAAAAAUACACACAAGAACACACACUGGUGAGAAGCCUUUUGGCUGCUCAGUUUGUGGUCAAAGAUUCUCCCUAAAGGAAAGCUUAAAUAGACACACAAGAACCCACACUGGUGGGAAACCUUUUGCAUGCUCAGUUUGCGGUCAAAGAUUCUCUCAAAGGGGACAUUUGACAGGUCACGCAAGAACACACACUGGAGAGAAACCUUUUGCCUGCUCAGUUUGUGGUCAAACCUUCUCUCAGAAGGGAACCUUAAAAAUACACACAAGAACACACACUGGUGAGAAACCUUUUUCCUGCUCAGGUUGUGGUCAAAGAUUCUCUCGUAAGGCUCGGGUUAAGACACACAAGUGUCCUGGUGAGACAAGCAGUGAUCAAGAAGCUUUUAAUGCAAAUGUAAAUGUUUAAUAUAAAAGUAAUGACUAUGUUACUGACAGAAAUCUACAUGCUUGUAUUCUGUGUACCAGCUUUUAUUGUAUGUAUCUUGUUAAAUAUAUUGUAGAAGUUAUCAUUUAUUUGCUUAGCUUGCAUGAGUAUUAUGGACGAUUUUGAUAAAGGAAGAUGUCUCGCCUUCAAGAAGAUGACUCAGCAGGAAUCAUCAGAGAGAAGGACGUGGCCGGGACGUGGCAGGUGUUGGUGCCAUGUUUUCACCUUGAAACCCUCCCCUUAGUGUGUUGUGUCUUGUAGCUUAGUACGGUAUGUCUUGUAAACUUAGAAACCUCCCUAUUUUCAAAUAAACGCAGGAGCGACGGGAGAGAUUGUUUCGAGCGUGAUGAGAGGCUGAAAUCUGAACAAUCUCCCAUACGCCCUCCU